AUGAUAACUCCAGCUUUUGAGCUGACCCAGGAUCCGGAUUUUCUUACAAUAAUAAUCAAAGUACCUUAUGCCAGAGCUUCAGAGUUUGAUGUGUAUUUUGAAGGGGAAGAUUUUAAGUUUUAUGCCAAGCCGUACUUUCUCAGAUUGACACUUCCUGGAAGAAUUGUAGAAGAUGGGAGAGAAAAAGCAUCUUAUAAUACAGACAAAGGAACUUUCACAAUUCGGUUACCUAAAGAGAUUCCUGGCCAGUAUUUUGAAGGACUGGACAUGCUGACAUCCCUUUUAGCACCAAAGAAAUCAAGAUCAGCAAAACCUCUAGUAGAAGAGAUAGCUGCCUCUGAGUUGUCUGAGGAGGAGGAGGAAGAAUUUGACUGGGAAAUAGAGCAGACCCCUUAUAAAGAAAGUGCAGAAAGCACUCUGCCAGUACAGUACCAUUAUGGAUUUGGGAAUUUGCGGUCAGGGGUGUUCCAGCGGCUGCAGGAUGAGCUCAGUGAUGUUAUCGACAUUAAGGAUCCAGACCAAACUCCUGUGGAUGAACGUAGGAGGAAACGCCUGGCAGCUGAGGCUGCCAAGUUCGACCCUGAUCAUUACUUAGCUGAUUUUUUUGAAGAUGAAGCUGUACAGCAUGUCUUAAAGUACAAACCGUGGUGGGUUGAGGCUUAUAAAAAAAUGAUGGCCUUGCAGGGAGAAGGUCAUCAGGAACGUGACACUCAGGCUUUUGUUGUCUUCUCUGAGGAAGAGAGAGAACAGAUGAGAAAGUUCACAAAUAAAUCUUAUCUUCUGGAUAAAAGAAGCCGUCAUCAUGUGUAUCUUGGUUUAAUUGAUAUCCUCCUGGCAUAUUGCUACGAGAUCUGUGUCAACGAAGGAGACAAGAACGUUGAAUCGUCUUGGAAUGUCAGGAAACUGAGUGCAACUUUGUGCUGGCUGGAGAGUUUCACUGGCAUUCAUGAUGUCCUGGUGUCUUUUGGAAGGCGAGUGCUGUGCUAUCCCCUGCACAGACAUUUUGGGUUGGUGACACGUGCCUUCAGUGACACAGUCAUGAUCCUACAGCUGGGAAAAGCUGCAGUUUUGAAGUGUCUGCUGGACAUACACAAGAUUUUUGGGGAGAAUGACCCUGCCUACAUCCUUAAUGAUCUCUUCGUUACAGACUAUUGCAUCUGGAUUCAAAAAACCAAGUCAAAAAAGUUGGCUGCGCUCUCUGAAUCCUUGCAGAAAACCGUGCUCGCUAAGUCCGACUUAGGAUUUGAACUGGAAGAGCUGGAAGCGGCAGCGGUGCUGGUACAAGAGGAAGAAGCUGCUGGCACAGGUUCUGCGCGACAGCUGCCGUCCUCCGAGUCGGAGACAAGUGACUCUGAAGAAUCAAGCAGUGCUUCAUCGUCCGAGACGGCAGGCUCCGAUUCAGAUGAGCGAGAGUCCUCUGCCAGUGAAGACGGGAAAAGAAAUUCUUCACACGACUCGCUCCAAGAGGAGAGGACAGCUCCACUUACUGACUAUAAUGGAUUAAGGCAGGGCACAAACACUUCGACGUCUGAGGUUACUGGUGAGAAAUCAGAGUUUUCUUUGCAAUCUACGUCUGUUCCUGGAAAACUGAUAGAAGAAUUAGGAAAGCAAAUGCACACUGCAAUUAGACUUUCAGAGCAGCCUGAAGGAUUGGCUGCUGCGAGCUGUGUUUUGCAGGAACAAGAAGAAAACUCUGUGUGUGAACCUGACAGAUUUUCGAAAGAUACUGCUGGGAAGGGAAAUUUCUUGGAGGUGUCUUCAAAGACAAACUCUUUGCUUUUUCUCUGCGGCACAAAUGAAGGUGAAGACUGA